GAGCUUCUUUAAACCAAGGCCACUUGUUUAGAGCUGCCUUUGAUCAAUAACUGGAACACUGACUGACCUAGUGCUUGAUGAUUUUGAUGAUGGCAUUUGACAAAAUGUAAUUUUUAUCGCUGGUUUCACAGUGUGCUAUGUUUUAAUGGUGUCAAGCAGUUUGAAGUGCCUUGUUGCAGAUUAACCAGACCUGACUUCAGAUCAGUUUAACGCGUUUCUGUGUUGUAACUGUGAACAGAGUGUGAUAAGCUUCGGGGUGAAACGGUAAAUCAGGUAGCGGCAGCCAGCUGUGCAGCUGAGAGUGCCCAGCCUGCACAUCCGUGUUUCAGCGGGUUGCUCUCGGUGUAGUGCGGGCAUUUUUUUUUUUCUAUUACUGGUUGCGUAAGUCGACAGAGCAGCAGCGUCCGUCGGAGCUCUGUUCAGGAGGAUGGAGGGGAGCGAAGGGGACGAGAAUGAGAGCGGCUCGGUGUGGAAACAGUUUCAAGCCAAGGCUAAGCCGCUUCUCAGUCCCAAGCUGGGCGGCCGAGAGCCGGACGAGCAGAGCAAGAGGAGCAUGUGGAUGUUCAAGAAGACUAAGCGGAAGAAGAACGUCGCUCUGGACCGGGUUAUCUCUUCCUCGCAGCCCGACCUGGUCUUCUCCGCCGAGGUGACGGACGUGAAACCGCAGGAGGCUCCGCUCUGCAGCAAACCUCCCGGGAGCAGCUCCCUGCUCGGCCGGGAGAAGCUCCACUCGUCCAUCAAGCGCAAGUCCACCGGCGCGAGCAAAUCCACGGUGGCUCAGCUGGUUCAGUCCCACCACAAGAGCUCCUCGUUGGGGUCUGCGUGCCUGGAGAGACUGACGGAGCCUCCGGGCGGCAGCCGCGGGGGCGACGCGGCCACAGCGCAGGCGGCGGCAGUGGAAAGCCAUCCGGAAAGGAAGCAUGAGCUGGCGGGCUUGGGGGCAUCCUGCUCCUCGGGGAGCCCCGCUGAGGCAGCCACCCCCCCACCAGGGAUAUACAAGCUGGAGAUCGAGCUGAAACGAGGACACAACCUUGCCAUCCGAGACCGAGGAGGCUCCAGCGAUCCCUACGUCAAGUUCAAGCUGGCUGGUAAAGAGGUGUUCAGAAGCAAGACCAUCCACAAAAACCUCAACCCGGUGUGGGACGAGAAGAUCACGCUGAUCGUGGACAGUCUGAGCGAACCGCUCUAUGUCAAGGUGUUUGACUAUGACUUUGGUCUUCAGGACGACUUCAUGGGUUCUGCUUUUCUUUACCUGGAGUCUCUAGAGCAGCAGAGGACGAUACCGGUGACUCUGGUGCUGAAGGACCCGCAGCUCCCCAACGAGGACCUGGGCUCUCUGGAGCUGGCAGUUACCCUGAUGCCUAAAAGCAGCCCCAUGGAGGAUCCCCGAGACACGGCGCGAGGCGAGGUUAAGACAUAUCGGUGGAAACCUUAUGUGAAUAAAACCAUGCUGCUCAGGAGAUCCUGGAAACGAUCCACAAAGCAGCAGCAGUCAUUGCGUCUCACUGAGGUGCAUCGGAAGUCCCAGCUGUGGCGAGGGAUCGUCAGCAUCACACUGAUCGAAGGUCGGAACCUGACGCCCAUGGACCCCAACGGCCUGAGCGACCCCUACGCCAAGUUCAGGCUAGGGCCACAGAAGUACAAGAGCAAGACGGUGUCAAAGACCCUGAGUCCUCAGUGGAGGGAGCAAUUUGACCUUCAUCUGUAUGAGGAAACAGGAGGCGUUCUGGAGAUCACAGUGUGGGACAAAGACACAGGGAGGAGAGACGACUUCAUCGGACGCUGCCAGUUGGACCUCUCCACUCUGACUAAAGAGAAGACCCAUCACCUGGAGCUGCCGCUGGAGGAGUCCCGGGGCGUCCUGGUGCUGCUGGUCACACUGACGGCGUCGGCGGCGGUCUCCAUCGCCGACCUGUCCCUCACGCCGCUGGAGGACCCAGAGGAACGCAGAGAGAUCCUCAAACGUUACGGUGUGAGGAAGUCGUUGUCCAACCUGAGGGACGUGGGCAUCGUCCAGGUGAAGGUGCUGAGGGCCGAGGGUCUGAUGGUCGCAGACGUCACAGGUAAAAGUGACCCUUUCUGCGUAUUGGAGCUGAAUAACGACAGACUGCAGACACAUACCAUAUACAAGAAUCUCAACCCUGAGUGGAACAAAGUCUUCACCUUCAACGUGAAAGAUGUUCACUCGGUCCUGGAGGUGUCGGUGUUUGACGAAGACAGAGACAGGAGUGCAGACUUCCUGGGAAAAGUGGCCAUUCCUCUUUUGAACAUCCAUAACGGCGUCCAGAAAGCCUACGUGCUGAAAAACAAGGAGCUCACCGCCCCGACCAAAGGAGUCAUCUACCUGGAGAUGGAAGUCGUCUACAACACGAUAAAGGCUGCUUUAAAGACCGUGGUUCCUGCAGAACAGAAAUACGUCGAGGAAGAACCAAAAGUUUCCAAGCAGCUGCUGCAGCAGAACUUUAACCGGGUCAAGCGGUGCAUCAUGGUCCUCUUUAGCUACGGUACCUACAUCAACAGUUGCUUUGAGUGGGAGUCGUCACAGAGGAGCAUUACUGCUUUCAUUCUGUUCGUGGUGGUGGUCUGGAACUUUGAGCUCUACAUGCUGCCACUUGGCCUGGUUCUGCUGCUGGUCUGGAACUACUUCUUCUUUUCAGGCAGAGAGACGGCAGAGACGUCCAUGGAGGCCAUGUUUGAAUGGGAGGAUGAUGAAGAGGACAAGGAAGAAAAGGACUCUGAGCCCAAAGGCUUCAUGGAUAAACUGUACGCCAUCCAGGACGUGUUCAUCAGCGUACAGACCGCUCUGGAUGAAGUAGCAUCGUUUGGAGAGAGGUUAAAGAACACCUUUAACUGGACAGUGCCUUUCCUCAGCUGGUUGGCCAUCACUGCCCUGUGCCUGGCCACACUGCUGCUCUACCUCAUACCACUGCGAUACCUCGUACUUGCCUGGGGUGUGAACAAGUUCACUAAGAAGCUUCGUGAUCCAUACAUGAUCGAAAACAACGAGCUUCUGGACUUCCUGUCCAGAGUUCCGUCUGAUGUUCAAAUGAUGCAGUACAGAGAGCUGAGAGCUGAUCCUGGACAAAGCCCCAACAAGCGCAGGCGGGUGUACCCCAGCUAGCUGAAAGCUGUAAACUCUGUACAUUUAUUGUAAUUUCAUAUCUGGUUUCUUAACCGUGUCCUCUUGUACAUUUGAUUCUGACGAAGAUGCAUUUACUGAUUUUUAUUUUGUUGCUACCGAACUGAAUUGUUUUCUAAAUAUGUGAAAGAAAAAGAUGUUGUGUUUUUUUUAUCUAAUUUAUUUCUCUCCACACAACCCAACUCUUGUUGUUAAAGUGAUGAAAUAAAGGACUGUGUCAUCUGCAUGCAGUGCUGCUGUCGCAUGCAACCGGAGCAGAGUCCUUCUGACCUUCUGACCUGAACGUGUCGUUGCUGUGUCUGAACUCAGAGCUGCAUGCUGAUUCUGUUCCAUAUCCUCAACCUCAGUGACCAGCACCACAAGGUCCGCUGUUAUUCCACGCACUGGUCUUCUUUCUCUUCCCGUCAGUCAGGCGAACAAAAGUUUUUGUGUCAAUUUUUUUUCACACAAAUUUUUUUUUUUUUUGGAGAUUUCUCCACUCAAAUGAGUUUUUAUAUUCCUGUGGGGGUUCACAUGAGCAGUUAUAAGCAGUUAGUGUUUUUUCUUCCAGUUUGUAGCUUUUAUUAUCUGAUGUUUGCCAGUUUAAAACAGCUUUAAAACAAAUAUGACCAAGUAAUUUUGUUAAGUGUUAUUUCAAGUGUGCUAAGAUGUUCAGAUGUUCAUUGAAAUAAGACAAAAAUAACUUCCAAGUAAGACACAGGAUCCUGUUUUAGGUUAAUAAUUCCUUAAUAUCGAUGGAAAAAGUACUUGGUCUGUUAUCAGAUUAUUUCAUUAUAACAUGGGAAAAAUGUUUUUUUAUAGGUGGAAUAAUUUGCUGGUGGAACUUGUACUUGUAAAUCAAUAUGAAGGUAUUGUGUAAAACAAGCUCUUAUAUCUGACUGAAAAGUUACCAGUAAGUUAUUCUGUCUUAUUUUAAGUGUAUUAAAAUAUUUGCAACAGACACUAGACAAAAUUACCUGGUAAGUCAUUUUAUCUACUUGUUAAGUUGAUAAAAUGACAUCUUGGCAGAUUGAUAGAUUGACAGCCUGCAGUCUGCUGAUCCUCUCGCUGUCCGGGCCGGGUGAAGGUUUCCUGUAUUGGAAAAAAACAAAAACAAAACUUCUUUCUCAAAAAUGUUAAUCUCAAUGCAGGACCUAAGUCAGUUGGAUUUUGUGAAGAUUUCCUGUGCUCUUCUUUCCUGAAGUGGUUUGGAACAAGAUCUGAAACUGCAGCAGAUAUAACAGUAAAGUCUGAACCGUUAAUAUCUGCUCAUAUAGUUUUGUCUCCCACUGCUGGAAAAACAGUUUGAGUUAUUUUAAAUAAGCUGAAGCCGUUGAUCUUCUACUGCUAUGAGGAUUUCUUUCUUCACAGCAGCACAAACAUUUUCCUUUUUAGAUCUCAACAAAUUUAAGAACAGAUCCACCUGAUCAGCCGUCAUUCCAACUGUUAUAAGAAAACAUUUCAGGGGUUUUUUUGGCAGGUGAUUUUCUCUGCAGUUCUGAGUGAAGAGUUAAAAUAUGACAGUUUCAACUGCUCAACUUGUCACAGAUUUUAUUUUUAAAACUUUUCAGUCACUAAUACAAAUCUGGGUGGUUUAAGGAGCAAAAAUAACAUCUACAGUUCCUGUCUUUGCUGCACAAACAAUAGAUGGGAUUGCUUUUUCAGUCUGUUUUAAUCUACAGCAAAACAAAAAAAAAAAAAAAUGAGACAUAGCAUGAAAUGUAUUCAACUUCUAAAUAUUUCUAACUUUAUAGAAGUUAAAAUGUUGCAAAAACAAAUGAAAUGUCCUCUUCCUUACACCUGUUACCAGAUUAAAGGAAAUAAAAAACAGUUAACUAUCAAUGCAAUUUUAUCAAAGUUUUUAAAGUAUUUAAUGACCGCUUUUUAAGGUCUGCAACAUUUGUCCAAUUAGACUUUUUCUUAUCUUGUUUCUUUCAAAUGCAAAUUAUUGGAUGUCUCCAUCAUUUUGUCUUGAUGUGGAAGUGACGUGGAAAACACAUCACACAGCUGGAUAUGUUUUAUUUAGGUGUGUUUUACUCAGCUGGUAAAAAAACAAAACAUUUUUAUUCUUUUCCAUAAAUUAGCAAAAAAAAAAAAAACAUUAAAUCAAGACAAAAAAUAAACUAACUGAACAUCCUCCAAAAGUAUUCCAUAUUUCCUGCCUGUUGUAAACCAAACAAACAUAAACUGAAUCAGUUUUGAACAAAAAUGUUGAUCUAAAUUCUGAGAACAAUAGUUUGGUGAUUUUCUCAUAAGCGUGGAUAUUUUUCCAGCCUUGUGUAACUUUGUAACUUUUCCUAAGCCUGUUCUGUUAAAAGAACACAGUUAAUGCAGCCACUCAUAUCUGAAUCACACAUAUUCAUAUCUCAGCAUCUGUUUAAUGCUUUGGGUGGAAAAGCAGCUAAUAUCUUGCAGCGGUCAGACAUUUGGAGCUGACCUCCUCUUAGAGUUUACAACUGCUAGGAAUCAGCAGCUUCAGAUGAAAGCUCUUUCAACAGAUGUCAGUGUUCAUAUCUAUGAGCACUGAUGUCUGAUAACCAAAGAAAAACAAGCAUAAAGACCUUAUUUAACCCUCUUUGUGUUCCUUUUUUAAGAUUUUUUUUUUUCCCGCUGCUCUUUGUUUUACUAACUCUCCUCACUUUGUUGAUCCUGUUCUAUCGCUGUCUUCCUCUCAGCAUCUCCGUCUUUGUCUUUUUAACUUUGGGAUGCAAUGACCUGCAUGUAUGUGGAAGCUGCUGUCUGUAAGUGUUUUGCAUGAUUGAUCCUAAACUAUACAAGUGCAUUUAUGAACACUAAAUGUGCGUAAAAGCUAUGAUUAUUGAUCCGACGUACUGUUAACUCCCCCGACGAGUCCUCGCUGUUGCAUUGAUCUGUUUUUGACUUCUUUCUCUGAGAAAAUAUAUUUCUUCACAGA